AUGUCUUCCGAUAUAACCACAAUUCGUAAACGGCCAAUAAUCAAUGUUUGUGAGGAGAAACAUGAAGAAAUUAUUGACGUGUUUGAUGAUAUAAAACCAGAUAAUAAAAAUAAAAACAUAAUAACAAAUAUAAAAAACUAUAAAAAUUCAAAAAUUAUAUCAUUAACAACAUUAUCAAUACUUACAAUAUUAUCAUUCAUUACAAGAUUUUAUAAAAUUUAUCAUCCAAAUCAAGUUGUAUUUGAUGAAGUUCAUUUUGGUAAAUUUGCUAGCUAUUAUCUCCGUAGAACUUAUUAUUUUGAUGUUCAUCCACCUCUUGGAAAAUUAAUGAUCGCUGGAAUGGGUUGGUUGCUUAAUUAUGAUGGGCAUUUUUUAUUUGAACAUAUUGGUGACGAUUAUUUAAAAAAUGACGUACCUUAUAUUGGAUUAAGAUCAUUACCUGCUACACUUGGAGCCCUUUAUGUACCUUUAGUUUAUUUGAUAAUGAUGGAAUCUGGUUAUAGUAUUUUUACAGCAAUCCUAGCUGCUAUAUUAAUCAUUUUCGGUAAGAGUUGUCAUCUAUACAUAACCCCGGCUCAAAUUAGUGAAAGCCAAGCCAAUUUAAAAGCCAAAUAUGAGCUAGAAAUUGAAGCUGCUCAACAAGCAAGCUUAAAGUUAAAAAAAGACUUGACCGACAAAGACGAUGUUGAAUUAUAA